AUGAUAUUUCUAAGGAAGCGAGACAAGGAGAAGGAGAAGGAGCGCCAGGAGCAGCUGAUACAGCAAAUUGAGUCCGGCAUGCAGCUGGAGCGGCAGGGCAAUGUCUACAUCUGGUGGCUGCCAACGAGCUUCUGUCAAUCCCGUCAUGGGCCCUACAAGCAAAACGGCAGCAACAGCUGCACACUCAUCUCGCUGCUGCUGGCGUCCGGCAUAGCCAAGCAGUACAGCUUUAGCAGCAGCCCAGCGCAGCUGCCCGAGCGCGCAUUUCUGCUGCUGGACGAGUGCAUCAAUGGGGGCAAUCUGGUGUCGCAUGAUCGCAUCAAAGCCAAUUUGAAUACGAGCAUACCGGAUGCGAUGUCAGCGCUGCGCUCGCAUCCGCAGACAGAUUUCGGGCUCGAGGAAUGGUUCUUUGUGCAGCUGCGCGUGGACGCGCGUAAUCAGCGCGAGCUGGCGCAGCAGGUCGCACGCGCCUGUCAUGCCACAGUGCAGUUCCUGAAACUGGGCGAGGGUUGGGCGGUGCCGUCGCAUCUCUUCGGCGCCAUGGUCAGCGAUGGACGCACUGUGAUACUCUCGCUGGAGCUGAGCAGCAACGUGGCCACGCUGAUGGAUACACAUAAGCAUGGCCAGAAGUCGGGCGCGCUGCUGGUGCAGUCAACGCUGGAGCAGCUGGAGGAGCUGAUGCUCUGGUUCAUCAUCAUGCAGCGUCAAAUCUUUGGCGGUCGUCCGUCCAUACUGGAGGUGUCGUUCAUCAGCUCCUUGCCGACCCUGGCGCUGCUCAUUCCGCCAACACUCAAGCAGAUGGCCAACAAGAUUUGCCCACCCAGUUAG